AUGCCUGUCGUUACAGCCAUGAACAGCAACCACUUUAGCGGCAACGUGGAGGCCUUCUUCAACGUGCGGAAGACGACGUCCGAGAUUGUGCUACACGCCUCCUCGGAGCUCGAAAUUAGGAGUUGGAAGCUGGGCGGAUGCCAGAAUAGCGUCGGCCAACCACGGCGCAGGGGAGAUCUCGCCUACUUCCCGCUGGAGAGACCCCUCCGGAAGGGAUCGCCGCUAUGCGUCAUCUCGCUCAAGUUUCGAGGAAAGUUCGCGAGCACAGAAAAGAUCGGCUUCUUCAAGGAGGGGUUUGCGGUUGAAAAUGACGAAGGCGAAUACAAAACCAACUACCGAUGGGCAACGACCUUCGAGCCCGACGGGGCGCGCCAAGCCUUUCCGUGUUUCGACGAGCCCGCACUCAAAGCGACCUUCAACGUCACGCUCGUCAGGCCCAAGUCGCUUUCAACCAUCAGUAACAUGCCACUGUUGCGUACGAAGAGCGGGAAAAAGAAGGAUACGGAUAUCUUCCAACAGACGCCGGUCAUGUCCACAUACCUGCUUGCAUGGCAGCUGUUCUAUGACUACAAAACGUUGACAGUUGGCAAGGUCUCGUUGACCAGUUACAAUAUCCCGAAGGAUAGAAUGUCCAGUAUUGUGGCCAUGGCCAACAAGCAUUUGGAUUACUUCGAGAAAUACUUUGACAUGGCAUACAACAUGCCCAAACUUGAUUUCUUUACGUUCGAUUACGUCUGGUUCGGGGCCAUUGAGAACUGGGGAGCAAUUUUCGCUGUGGAGGAUCGACUACAGGAAGAAGGUUCGCAGACGGAAGUUUUGAUUUCUCACGAGAUUAUUCAUCAGUGGUUGGGAAACACUGCUACCAACAGCUGGUGGAACGACAUCUGGAUACAGGAAGCACCGACCUAUUACCUCUCCAAUUGGGUCACCCAUGUAAUGGGAGAGCACGAAGAUUACGAGAACUACUUGCAACAGCGGAUGUUCAGGCAGUACGAAGACAAACGGACAACAGUCAUCUCGACGGAGAGUGCUUUCACCGCCCAGGAACUUGUGAAAUUCGCACCGAACAGUAGAUUACAGCUAGCCCAGGGUUCGGUUCAUCCGCGCAAGGCUCAAGCGGCCUGGUCACAAUGCUGA